AUGUCGUCGCCUAUAGAGCGGCCCGCCAAACGUGUACGACAGGCUUGUGAGCCUUGUCGUCGAAAGAAAGCGCGAUGCUCGGGAGAGAAGCCUGUUUGUUCGCACUGUUCACGAUUGCGACAAGCUUGCAUUUACGCCGACGAGCGACAUGAGAAUGGGCCAUCUCUGAGGAGUGCUUCGCCCACCCCACAACCUCGGACAUCGAGGCAGUCGACGACACAUGACCGCAUACUGGAGGACCGCUUGAGGUCUGUUGAAGCGCAACUUGCCGAAGUGAUUACGAACCAGGAUAGCGUGAGAAGAAGUGCGUCUUCCCAGGUGCCAGAGGUCAUGUCAGAACCUUCAAGGGCUAGCGGAAAUAUUAAUCCCUCCGAGACCCGGCUGCCAUCAUGGGAGGUCAUUCAGACGGCCGCAGAAACAUACCUGCUGUAUUGUGAUUGCCAGCCACUUCCAUUAUUCCAUCGGUCAACAUUCAUUCAGACUCUGAGAUCUCGAGACGGCGAGGUUAUUUUUUCCCUGCUUGCAUUGGCGGCAAGGUUCCUCGAAGAUCCCGCUCUACGCGCGAGUCAAGUGAGUUCUGUUCAUGAAUACAUGGAGGCUGCCCGGACAAUUGUUUCCAAAAAGGUGUUUGAUGGAGUGGUAGAGCUAUCGACCAUUCAAACGCUAUGCCUUCUGAGUCUGGUUGAUUUUACAGAGGGCACCACCCGGCGUGCUAGCAUGCACAGUAGCCUCGCUAUGAGCCUGGCUCAUAAUGCGGGUUUGACUGCCGAAAGCCACUCAGUGCUUUCGGGUCACGAUAAAGAGGAGCGAAGAAGAUGCUUCUGGAGUCUUUUCCUUCUCAAGAGACUGCAUGGAGCCGAUUUUAUGGUAUUGGAUCUAUCAACGGACGAUAAUAACCCACGAUAUCCCGAGAUUACUAGAAGCCCUCUCAGCCCUGCUCAACCAAUUAAUGAGCCCAUUCCGACUGGUGCGGCCUUGGAAGUUCCCAAGGAUAAAGGUGUAAUUGCAUACGCCAUCCAGCUGAGCGAAGUUUGGUUCAAGAUCACAAGAUAUGCCUGGAGGCGUGAAAUACGCAACGCCCUACCCCCAUGGUCUCCAGAAUCCGAGUAUUCCAUCAUACUCGCACAACAAAUGGAUUUCGAGACUCGAGUACCUUAUAGCUACCGGUUUAAGCCCUCCAAAUUCUCCCAAAGAUCAGCUGAAGAAUUGAACACGGCUCGGGAUUACUGGGGGCCAUGGCUCUUAAUCCAAUUCCUCUAUCACACCAACCUCUGUCUACUCAAUCAUCCACUUUUAUUGUCACUUCGACUGCUAAGCUUCAAAGGGGUUAUACCGGAGAUCUUCCUUCAGCAUACAUCUGAUCUCCUGUCAUCUCAUACCUCUUGGAUCAUCAACUUUAUCGAUAUGCUUGAAUCCAAGCCCUACAAAGUCACAGAUCCGUUCUUGGCGCAUUGUGUUGCUAUCGUCGCUACAAUAUACUUGCAGGAGAGUUUCGUAGAUGAUCUGUCAAGAAGACAUGAGAAGCAACAGAAUUUUGAUAAAUGUCUAGGGUUUAUCAGAGGUUUUGGCACUGAAUGGCCACAUGUUGGGCGAAUAGCGGAUAAGCUAGAGGGUUUGAGCCGAACAGUCUCAUCAACAUAUGUGGCCAGCGAUGAGCCGACCCGUAAGAAUCGCAAGUUGCUAAUCGACCUUGGGCAAUUCUUUGAGAUUCUGGAGUAUUCCUCAUCAAGCGAAAUAGCUGGUUCGGCAAGGCAGCUCUUUGGGCCGUCGCUUCAUUCGAGUUUCCGUGCUUCUCGGACGGAAAUGGCGCAGACUUCAAUCCUCCCAGAACCUACCAGAGUUGAGCGACAGGAAUUUGGCACCCCUACAUCGGCGACCAUUCUGGAUAAUCAUACUGGCUUGUCGGAUUUUGGGCAAAGUUCCUCCUUCGAGAUUGCAGCUCCCUUCCAGUUUUCUGAUGAUGAAUUGGCAGUUCUUGCUGGGAACUUUUUUCACCCAAGACCUGAUGUCGAUGGCAAUGCAAACUGGUGGAACAUGGGGAAUUUUCGAUGA